AUGGAAUCACCUGCUGGUGGAUUACGGGAUACAUCUGUUGUUACACUCAAGUCGAUUUACAAGACUAUAACCUAUGGCAGAGCCAUAUUAGGUUAUGCAGUGCUUGGGAGCUUCGGCUUGCUGCUUGUUGCAACAAAGUUGAAUGCUAGCAUUCCAAAUUUGCCUGGUGAUGGGUGUGUGUACACUGUUAGUGAGAGCCAAUGGAUCAAAGUCUUACUUUACUUCAAAAUCCCCAACCCCAAGGGGAAAGGAGAAGUAAAGAAUAUUAAAGAACUUGCUGAACUUGAUAUUGAUGGAAAACACUACUUUUGUGAAACAAGGGAUAUAACACGACCUUUUCUGAGUCAUGCUUCUGUUCGAGACCCCGAUGAGGAAUUUGUUUGGAAUGGAUGGUUCUCGACUCCUUUCAGACGAAUUGGUCUGGAGCAAUACUGUGUCAUUUUACUGCAGGUAAACCUCAGAAUACCCCCCCGGCAGUGUGAAAAUUCACCUUGUCCUCAAGGCGAGCAUUGGGAAAUUGGUUCAAAAGAGCAUCCCAGCCAGUUCUCUCAAGAAGCUUCAAAAGCUGAUAAAUUCUUCCAUUUCACCAAAACAUGCAAUACUCAGGGUUUUGCAGAAUGUCAGAAGUUUCGGAAGCUUAGGUCAGCAAGAAGGAAUUGUUGCUCUUAUAGCUCGUCGAAGCAGGCUUCAUCCGGGCACUCGAUACCUAGCAUGGGGCAUAAAUUCUUGUUACAGCACACAGGGCUGGUCAAAGUGUGGGUUUCAACUCGUAUUUAUGGAGACGAGGCACCAUUCCCAUCUGGUGGGGGUGCAGAACUGAAGAUGACAGCUGCAGAAACAGAAAUUUAUGUUGCAGAGCGUGAUCCAUAUAAAAGUAUUACCACUUGGAAUCACCCAUGUCCAGAUAAACCUUGGAAACGUUUUGACAUGACGUUUGAGGAGUUCAAAAAGUCUACAAUCUUGUCACCCGUUUGUCUGCUGGCUGACCUUUUUCUGCUAGCUGGUGAUAUUCAUGCCACAAUCUACACUGCAUCUAAAGCAAUGCAUAGUCAGAUUCUUACCAUAUUUACUGACGAACCCGCAAAGUUCAAGCAGUUUUCUGUCGCACAGAAUGUGAAAAUCACGUUGCAGAGAAGAUAUAAAAACGCAAUUGUUGAUAGCUCUCGUCACAAGCAGUUAGAGAUGUUCCUUGGACUACGCCUUUUCACGCAUCUUCCAUCACCAUCACUCCAACCUUUACAUGUUCCAGUUGAGGCUUUUUGGGAAAAUAUAUUUAUAUCUGCACCCGUGCUAUACAUUCAACUAUCCGCUUUACAGGAGAAUCGGAACAUGGUGGUAGUUGCAGAAUACCGGUUACCGGAGGUGAAGGGUGGGACCCCCAUGUACUUUGAUUUUCCUAGACCCGUCAACAGUCGGCGAGUCUGUUUUAGAGUAUUUGGGGAUGUUGCAUCAUUUGCAGAUGAUCCCACAGAUCAGGAUGAUUCUGAUUUGAAAGGUUGCCCCCCAUUGGCCACAGGGCUCUCUUUAUCCAACCGAAUUAACCUUUACUACUAUCAGCUUGGGAAAUGGGCUAGCCUUUCUGCUGUUUAACUUGCUUCUAUCUUCUUUGCCUUUAAAAAAAAUAAACUCAUCUCAUUCGUUGUUGUAAUGUUGUGUAUAUUUCUUUAUUUUUUGUGUUUUUGUUUGCCGGGAUUUAUCUAUUAAGCCUGGAGUUGUAAUUGGUUUCGUCUGU